GCGGAAAUACAAGGGAUAGAUGGUCGGGGAAGUUCGACAAACAGCCUAAUCAGUACUCCCGUGGUCGUGAGAAGAGUAGGAGGUAAAGAUGUCGGAGCGAAAAGUUUUAAACAAAUACUACCCACCGGACUUCGACCCUUCAAAGAUCCCCAAGCUCAAGCUGCCCAAAGACCGGCAGUACGUGGUGCGGCUGAUGGCCCCCUUCAACAUGAGGUGUAAGACAUGUGGAGAAUAUAUCUACAAGGGCAAGAAGUUCAACGCCCGCAAAGAGACAGUGCAGAACGAGUCCUACCUGGGCCUGCCCAUCUUCCGCUUCUACAUCAAGUGUACGCGCUGCCUGGCAGAGAUCACCUUCAAGACGGACCCCGAAAACACUGACUACACCAUGGAGCACGGGGCCACACGGAACUUCCAGGCGGAGAAGCUCCUGGAGGAGGAGGAGAAGCGGGUGCAGAAGGAACGGGAGGACGAGGAGCUGAACAACCCCAUGAAGGUGCUGGAGAACAGAACCAAGGACUCCAAGCUGGAGAUGGAGGUUCUGGAGAACCUGCAGGAGCUCAAGGACCUGAACCAGCGGCAGGCCCACGUGGACUUCGAGGCGAUGCUGCGGCAGCACCGCCUGUCGGAGGAGGAGCGGCAGGAGCGGGAGCAGGAGGAGGACGAGCGGGAGGCGGCGGCCUUAGUGGAAGAAUCUAGGAAACGAAGACUCCUGGAAGAUUCCGAUUCAGAGGAGGAUGCUGCUCCCACCCAGCCCCAGCAGGCCCUCCUGCCCAACCCCACCGCCAUCCUGGACGAGGUGGCUGGCCUCCGGGACUGUAGUUUUCCACCCGUGCUUCAGCUGCAGAAACGAGGAGACUCCCCACACUUAGAGACAUCAGGCAGACAUUUAUUUCUCAGUCACUUCACAGUCCUGGGCUGGACUCCCAGGCAGCCCUGCUCCAUGCAGUCAUUCAGGGAUCCAGGCUCCUCCCGUCUCCUAGUUCUGCCCUGUCCUGGAACACGGAUGCCAACUCCGCGGUCACAGCUGGCUCAGAGCACCCUGGGGUUCCAGCUGCAGGAAGGCGGAGCGUGUGUGGAGGACCACCAGCCAGCACCUGGAGGCCCAGGUUCAGAUGCAGCCCGCCUCCAUUCCCCUCGAGUCCCAAUGGCCGGGCAUAGUCACAUGGCCGCAUCCCGCUGCAGGGGAGGCUGGGAGCUGCCUCCUCUAGCUGCCCUUGCUGGCAGAAAGAAAGAAGAGGAUUUGGGGAGGGAGCUAGCGUUUUCCACCACAGGUGUCUUAUCCAAGGUGGUCAAGGCCACUCUGGUUUGUUAAUCGAAGGAGGGGGUUAAAGUGGGAAAUCAUAAAUAGCACAGACACCCCCAGAAACUUAUCAUUUUAAUUCAAAACAUGUUCCUGGUCUGUAUUAGUUAAAUACAAGUCCAGCCACUGGACAGGACCCAAGUGACAGCCAUUUCAACUUCAUGGAAGUUACUCUUCUCUCGAAUAACGGUUUUGCGGGGCUGUGCAGAACAAAGAAGGUGGGCCCUGGUGUCCGGGUCCUCAUUAUCCUGCUGUCCCAAGGAUGAUGCCCUCAUUGCAAGGCAGCUCAGUGCCACGUCUGCAUCCCAGCCAGUGGAAAGAGGUGGGGACAAGGGAGGAAGACAUUGAGGGUAACUAUACCCUUGAUUGAGUACAUUCUUCUCACACCCCAUUGGUCAGAACUGAACCACCUGACCACAUCCUGCUGCAAAGGGGGCUGGGAAACGUAGUCUUUCACUGAGGCAGCCAUGUUCCAGCUGAGAAUUCUGUAAGUGUCUGAAGAGAGCGGGUUUGGGGGUCGUGUACUCUCACUCUCACCCAUUAACCUUUUGACAUAGAAGCAAGGUGUUUUCCUUGAGGCUGUAUCCCCUGAUCAGAGUUCUCACGCUGUCUCUCUUGCAUAAACCAGCCUCAGAAUUCAUGGUCUAAAGUUUCCUCUUCUUUUUUUCUUUCAAGUGGAACAAGAGAUUGAAGGUACUUUCAAAGCAGUCUGGCCUUGUAUGAUUUCCCCCCAGUCUUUUUUUUUGUUUUUUUAAUAAAUUUAUUUAUUUAGUUAGUUAGUUUUGGCUGCGUUGGGUCUUCGCUGCUGCUGCGCUGACUUUCUCUAGUUGCAGCGAGUGGGGGCUACUCUUCGUCGUGAUGCCCGGGCUUCUUAUUGCGGUGGCUUCACUUGUUGUGGAGCACGGGCUCUAGGCGCGUGGGCUUCAGUAGUUGCAGCACGCAGGCUCAGUAGUUGUGGUUUGCAGGCUCAGUAGUUGCAGCACACGGGCUCAGUAGUUGUGGCGCACAGGCUUAGCUGCUCUGCGGCAUGUGGGAUCUUCCCGGACCAGGGCUCGAACCCAUGUCUCCUGCAUUGGCAGGCGGAUUCUUAACCACUGCGCCACCAGGGAAGCCCACCUGCCAGUCUCUUACAGUUACCUUGCUCGUAGCUAAUUUGAUGGUGGACUUCUUCUUGUAUUUUGCUUUACACAAACUUCACCAUAACUUUUACGGAAACAUCUCUCUUUCACCCCUCUGUUCCCUGGAUUUAGUUUAAUGGGGACCUGUAAUGGCGUUCGACGAAAGGUGAAGGAUAGCAGCUAGGUCCGCCAGUCAGUUCAGUGGUGCCAGAUAAGCAAGCUUCAGCUAGGACUGCCGGUCUCUCGCUGUGCCCCCAGUGGACAGCUUCUGUCUCGGUUACCACACACGGGGGAUGCAGUGAGGCCGCUGUGUCCUCCUCCUGCCCCCACUCCCCGCCCCAACUGUGCCAGCCCCCUCGGAAGGGCCAGGCUCAGUCCUGCCUCCCAUCUCUGCUUGCUGACCUCAGCACUGCGUUCUGACCUCGGCACCGCUGGCCCCUGAUCAGCAGUAGCUGUCCCCCCAUGCUGUCACACCACCCUGACUUCCUUCUUUCACAUCACUGAUCAAGACAGUGGUGUCUGGGGACUUCCCUGGCGAUCCAGUGGUUAAGACUAACUAUUCCCAAUGCAGGGGGCACAGGUUUGAUCCCUGGUCGGGGAACUAAGAUCCCCCAUGCCGUGCAGCCAAAAAAAGAAGAAGACGAUGGUGUCCUGAGCAUCUACUUGCUCAUCCACCCUCUUCCUCCCCAGAUGGUGAGCUCUGUGCGGGCAGCCCCCUGCCGUCAUGCUCCCCCUGCACCCUCAGCCCCCAGCUCCGAUAGGACCUCCUGCAUCUAGUGGUUUCCAGUUCCUCUAUUUAAACAUCAAACAGAUAAAAGGGGUCCCUUCUGGUGCGACUGAAGAGCUAGAGGUGGGGCUGAGCCCCUCUCUGCCUCCCGCUAACUGGUCCCCAAAGUGGGUGCCCCCAUCUUCUGUCAUUCCCUCAAACAUGUUGAUUGAGCACCUACUACAGACCCAGCAGUGAACAAGGCAGGACCCCGCAGCUUGGUUGCAGAGGCAGUUAAUAAGGCAGUGGAGGCCACUGUAGGCACAGACAUGCAGCAUGCACAUGAGCUUGAAAUGUGAGGAAAGGCUUCCCAGGGGAGCAGAUACUUGAGAUGGGUAUUGAAGGAUGAGUAGGAGUUCACCAAGUGAACUAGAAGCAAAGGGGGCAUUCCAGGUGGAGGGAAUGGCAUGGAGGUGAGCCAUCACGGUGUGAUUUAGGAAGUGUAAGCGCAGGGUGUGGGGGCCCACAGAGGAGUUUCGAGCAGGAGAAAGAGAGUUGGUCAGCACAGCAGGGGGAGUGGGAAUGGUAAAGAUCCUGGCUCAGCUGGGGACUAGGAACCGGGCUGCCAGAGAAGGAGCAGGAUCUGGGACAGACCACCCAGUCAUGCCUGCCCCCUGCUACCCCCGCCACA